CGCUCACUUACUCACUUACACAAAUACACAAAUAAAUAAAAGAGGGAUCGACUAGUUAAUAUUGUCUCUAAUGGCGUUUACUACAACAUCAGAAACCCAAAAGACAACCCUUUUAAACGAACACAAAGAAAAACACUUCACUGCCGGAGAAGUUGUCCGUGACAUAAUAAUUGGUGUAUCAGAUGGUCUUACUGUCCCAUUUGCUCUUGCUGCUGGCCUUUCUGGUGCCAAUGCUUCUUCUUCUAUCAUCCUUACUGCCGGCAUUGCCGAAGUCGCUGCCGGCGCCAUUUCUAUGGGCCUUGGCGGGUAUUUGGCGGCGAAGAGUGAGGCAGAUCAUUAUGCAAGGGAAUUGAAAAGAGAACAGGAUGAGAUUAUUGCUGUUCCUGAUACAGAGGCUGCUGAGGUUGAAGAGAUAUUGGGUGAGUAUGGGAUCGAACCACAUGAGUAUGCACCAGUUGUGAAUGCUCUUAGGAGGAAGCCCCAAGCUUGGCUUGAUUUCAUGAUGAAAUUUGAGCUAGGUUUGGAGAAGCCUGACCCAAGAAGAGCCCUACAAAGUGCAUUUACAAUAGCAAUAUCCUACAUAAUUGGUGGCAUAGUUCCUCUUCUUCCGUACAUGUUGAUUCCUGUGGCAAAAAAAGCUCUAUUUGCAUCAAUUAUCGUAACUUUGAUCGCGCUUUUAAUCUUUGGUUACGCGAAAGGACAUUUCACAGGCAGCAAACCGAUUAAGAGUGCGUUCGAAACAGCUUUGACCGGAGCUUUAGCUUCUGCUGCUGCAUUUGGCAUGGCUAAGGUUGUGCAAGGAUAACACAAACACAUUACACAUUUUGAUUUUACUACUUUUAUUGUAUGCUUUCUUUUUAUCGUUCUAGUUUUAUAUUUACUUAUUAUGUCUUUACAACUUUGUUUCUUUCUUCUUUCCUUUAGAUUGAUCAUGUUAUCAUGUAAUUGAAUUAAACAUGUUUUGUUUUGGUUCAUGCGUUAAGA